UUGCUUUUGAGAGAGAGAGAAUGGAGUCUACAAGGGUAGAGAAACCUCAUGCCCUGUGUUUCCCACUUCCCGCUCAAGGCCAUAUUAACCCCAUGAUGCACCUUGCUAAGCUUCUCCAUGCUAGAGGCUUUUACAUUACUUUUGUCAACACUGAAUUUAACCAUGAGCGUAUUACUAGAUCAGGAGGAGCCAUGGAAUUGAACAAUUUGGAGGAUUUUAAGUUGGAAUCGAUCCCUGAUGGCUUGCCGCCAGACCAUGGCCGAACCCAAGAUGCUGCAGGCCUCAUUGAUGCAACGAUGAAGAAUUUCUUCAGUCCUUUCAGGGAUUUGGUUUCAAAACUCAAUGACUCCAUACAAGUCCCUCCCCUUACAUGCAUAAUUUCGGAUCUCAACUUUACGCAGGUUGUUGCAGAAGAGCUCGGGAUCCCAAGGAUUUGUUUGUGGGUGACAAGUAGUGCUGCUUUUUGGGGUUUCUUGCACUACUCCGAACUUAUCAAAAGAGGAAUUGUGCCAUUCAAAGAUGAGAAUUUCAUGACCAACGGUGACCUAGAAGCAGUUGUGGAUUGGAUACCCGGCAUGCCCAAUAUCCGUCUAAGGGACUUACCCUCCUUCAUCAGGACGACCAAUCUUAAUGAUCCCAUGUUACAGGUUUGUACAAUCGAAAGCCCUAAUACUCUCAAGUCUUCGGCUAUCAUUCUCAACACAUUCGAAGAUUUAGAUAAACCUGUUCUUGAUGCCAUGAGAGAAAGAAUCGGUCGCCCAAUCUACACAAUUGGCCCUGUUGCAACCUUUAGCCAAUUUGAAUCCAAUGACCGUUUAAAGUCGGUUUCAAUGAGUCUUUGGAAUGAAGAGGAUACUUGUGUAGAAUGGCUCAAUGACAAGGAACCUAAGUCAGUUGUGUAUGUGAAUUUUGGCAGUGCGACAGUUGCAACACCCAAUCAACUCAACGAAUUUGCUUGGGGUCUUGCAAAUAGCCAAAGGCCUUUCAUAUGGGUCAUUCGUGAAGAUCUCGUAUUCGGCAAAUCGGCAACGUUAGAAAAAACAUUUGUCGAAGAAACCAAAGAAAGAAGGCUAAUCCUGAGUUGGUGUAACCAGAUUAAAGUACUGUCACACCCUGCCGUUGGGUGCUUCCUAACUCACAGUGGAUGGAAUUCGACAAUUGAAAGCAUUAGCAAUGGUGUGCCGAUGAUAUGUUGGCCCUUCUUUGCUGAUCAUCCAACAAUUUGCAGGUACGUUUGCAAGGAAUGGGGCGUUGGGAUGGAAGUAAACAAUGAUGUUAAGAGGGAGGAGGUGGAAGCAUUGGUGAGGGAGUUGAUGGAAGGAGAGAAGGGUAAAGAGAUGCAGUUAAAGGCCAAGAAAUGGAAAGAGAUCUCAAUAACUGUUGUUCAAUUAGGAGGCAGCUCUUACAAUAACUUAGAGAAGCUUAUAAAGCAAGUGCUUCCAGAGAAACGCUGAUCAAAUCUACUUGUUCACACAAAUACUUGUUUAAUGUAUAACCAGUCAUUUGCUCCUGUAGAUUGCACACAAGUGUGAGCCUUGUUUGUGCAUGUGUCGAUGUGCACGUGUGCUACAAACAGUAGGAAGGGUUUACUUGGUUCUCUCACAGAUGUUGCUGCAAAUAUGUGAAUAAUGUUGAGAGUUAAAUGAACUCUUGUGCAUCUAGUCUUGUGAGUACUAUUUAU